AUGAGAAGCCCAAACUCCCGCCCUCAUUACGUCUUCUUGCGACCGGCAUUGCCAGUCACCAACGGUAUUCAGUUUAGUCGAGAGCCUGCGUUAGCAAUACCGCCAGUGGAUACUGCGCCCAUCUCGCGAAAUGAUAUUACGCCGUCAACAUCGUCUCGCAGGUGUAGUGUAACGACAUCGGAGACGACGCCGGGGUCACUGCCAGCUUCCACGCCCAUCUCCUUGCGAGAAAGUCCCUCAGACUCGGGUGGAUCAUGGAACACAUUGACUCCUAGCUCAACUGCUGGAACCGUUCUUGAGACCUCUCCUCCACAAGUAGAACAAGGCCCUCUGAACAAGCCUGCCGUCGAACCAACGACUCGAGUUUGGCAACCAUGUCAUCGGGGGCGUGGAAGAAAGAAGAAAGUACCACUGCCGCUUGGCCCGAAACCUUCCGUCAUCCAGAGAAAGGGUCCACAACACGGUGGAGUUCGAAGUAAUCCUCUUACCGAUCAACAAAGAAGCAUCGCACAUAUCACCAGAACCAUCGUAGCCUGUGUCAAUUGUCGUUUCAAGAAAGGAGCAUGCCGACCAGAUCCGAUUGACCUAGCUGAUCCGAACAAUUUGAGGCCCUCUUUUGUACCGAAAUCAUGUCUCGGAUGUCAGCGUGGUCAAGAGCUAUGUAUUCGCUGGAAGAUGGCCGAUGCAUCGCUGUACAGAAAACAGAACGCUCCAUUCCAAGCAUUCAGCAAACGAUGGCAGAACAUGGAUCUCGUUGACAUAGUCGGCUGGGCUUCUGAUGAAUUACGCAUCAUAGAUUUGACGCAAGUCAUCGUCAAUGCCCCAUACUCGGUCGUAGUCAGGAAGUUUGUUCCUCAAGAUGGCGAUAUGCUCGAGGAAGAAUGGUCUAAAGAUGGGAGGGCUCAAAAACAUGCGAUCCCGCCGUACGCUCUUGCAAACAUGCAGAGUACUGCCCUCAUGCUCGAGGGUUGGAUGACGAGCCAGGUCUGGUGUUAUGUUUCGGGCAUUGUUUUCCAUCUGGAUAUUUUCAUCUGGUCCACGUAUAUGGAAGCAUUUCGUUAUGCUGGUAAUGCCCAGACCGAUGAUGAGAGAGAGCUCAUAGGAGUUGCUUUUAAGCUUUGGCUUGCUUGUCGAAAAACGAGCAAUCCUGAGCGAAUAUGCGGAUCCGACUGUCUCGGAGUCGUUCCGGUUGACGACACCGACAGCCCAUGGUUCAAAGGUGUUCCGAUGCCUCCAAUAAUCAUUGCUCAGAUGGAGUGCAUCAUGUACACCAAGUUCCUACGACCCAUGAGCAAAUCGGUCUUGAAUCGACUCCAGAAAAUGAUCCUUUCGAAGAAGAAAACCUGUUGGUUCACGACAUAUCUUGUGUCGUUUAUACUACUUCACAGCUGCUCUAUGGUCACGAGGAGAGACUAUGAAUAUGCAAGGCAAAUGUCAAUGCAGUCAGAAUAUGCCAACCCGGACAGUAUACGUGACCAUCACAAAGGCGCGGAAAUUAUUUUGACCUUCUUUCACGCUGUCAACAAGGGUUCUAUGCCCUUUGAAAAGAUAUUAAAUGAGGCUGGUCGCCAGGAAGUGGCAGAGGCAACCCAACUCGGUCCUGAACAGAUUGAGUUUGUCCGCUGGACCGCAGAGUGGUACAAAUCAAUGGAGUCUUAUCUUCGCGAGGUGAGGAGUCGGAGAGAAGUACGCAACGAUCUCUACUGGGUCGCUCAGCUCUUCGAAACCGACUGGAAAGCUGCUGGCACAUCAUGA